CUCUGGGUUUUUUGCGUGUCUUUUUUAUGGUUAUCAAAACAAGGUUGUUUAAACAUUUUAUGUGGUUGGGCUUUUGAAUGCAUGUUGACCUUGGCUGAGAUAGGAUACAGCACUCGCAUACGAUUUGUGUAAUUAUUAUUAGCCUAGAGCGGUUUUGACAAUUUUAACAAUAAACUCAGAUCGAAGUGGUCUUGGAUUUCCACCCAACACUCCCCUGGUAAAUCACUCGCGCCCCAAGAUGCCAGCAGACAACAUGGAAAAGACGCAACUGGGUGCGUCCCAGCUUGGUGAGGUGAUUCCUGAAGCAAAGCAGCGAUCGUCCCCAACUUUUAUAACCAGACGAAGGUCAGGAAGGAAAAGAGCCUUUUCAGAAACUGCAGCUAUCGAUAUUAAGAACGAUUCAGGCGCUAUCGCAGCAGCAACUUCUGGUCAGACGUCGCCUCUCGGGGACAACACUGCCUCGUCACCGACAGUAUCUGCACAUAACGGGAAGAAGUAUCGUCGCCACAGCCAUGCUGGGAAGAUGGAGACACUGUUGUCGACGGAGGAGCACAAGACUCCUGCUAACACAACCCAACGUGACAGCCCAACCUCCACACACAAGCCGGAACAUAUCACUGGGUCAGGAAGGGUUUAUGGACAGGACAAGGAAGACAAGAUAGUGGUGUAUGUAUGGGAGCACAGAGAUAUGGAGCUCCCACUAUCUAGUCACCAGCUCAAGGAAUACGCCAAACAGGUCGUGGGAGGGAACUUCAAGGCUUCAAAGUCAUGGCUGAAGAAAUUCCUCGCCCGCAACGAGCUGACCCUCCCCUUAGCUCCACCAGAUAUCGAGUGAGUGAGUGACUUUCGUGUCACUUCAAAACACCCAUAGAAAGCCCGAGGUAACACAGUUCAUCAGUUCGAUGACACCCAUUAGUAGGGGUAUGAAGCUGCUUCAUUGUGGAUCCCAAGCAGGACAAAUCAGAUUGGAACUCAUGAAGUAUUUACGGCAUGGAUAAAUUUACCAGUGAGUGAGUUUAGUUUUACGCUGCUUUUAGCAAUAUUCCAGCAAUAUCACGGACGUGAACACCAGAAAUGGGCUUCGCACAUUGUACCCAUGUGGGGAAUCGAACCCGGGUCUUUGACGUGACGAGCGAACGCUUUAAUGAUGAUGUAUGCAUAGUGUGUACUCGACAUGUAAUAAAGUAUAUGUAAAGAUA